UGCCAGUUGAUUUGGUUCAUAUAUCAAGAGACUCUUUGAUAUCAAGACUGAAAAAUCCAUAGUAGAACUUAUUGCAACGUUACAAACAGAUCACUGUUCAUGAUGCUUAAUUAUUUCAAGUUGCUCGCCACAAUCCUAGUGCUUUGCAUCAGCACCACCACAGCAUUUCCAGCCGGCAUCAAUUAUUAUCCACAAGUCCUCACAGAAGAGCAUCACGACAAUGAAACUCAAACCGAUGUUGCGCAUUCUGUCAAUGCGAACACUAGCAGCCUGCAGCCAUCAUCCAAGCAUGUGCCUUACAGAGGAGCACGCCAGGUACCAGGAUGUCUGAUCAGCACAAGAACGGAAUCCUGUGGCAGUCGUAUGGUUGUGACAGUCAAGUGUAGAAAAUAUAGUAUAGCUUGUCUACGUACUUCAGCGAUUUGUGCCAUCCAAAAGACCUAUUUCAAAGAAUGUGGCAAAGUUUUUGAUACAAAUUGUGUAUGUAAAUCCUAAACUUUAAU